AUGGCUCCAAGAUACGAUGAAGCGCCGGAAGUUGCUCCGCAUGCUUUGCCCGAAGUCCACCAACCACCGGCGCACCCAGAAGUAGCACAGUACGGCCAGUUUCCACAACAACAUCAAACGCUGCACCCGUCGAUAAAAAGGGAAGAUUCGACUUUCAGCGGAGGAGCAGGAGGAGGAUAUGCUCCUAGCCACCCAGUCGCGCCGACAUAUGCGUAUGAUCACCAAUCGGCAUACGGUACCGCGCAAUCAGAUCCAGGCAGGCAGUCGAAAAAAGCCACCAUCUGCGGCUGUACGGUUCUCGUUUUCAUUCUCUCGGCUAUAAUCGCAGUAUUGUCGGCGGCAGUGAUAGGACUGGCAGCAGGCACAGGAGUAGAAGCGAGUCGCGCCAGCGAUGCGGAAUCUAAGUUGGCAAGCGGAGGGGCCACAACAACAGUGACGGCACCUCCCUCGACAGCAACAGAUUUCAACACGCUGGACAGGAAUUGCACGUCGAACGCGGGCAGCACUACUGGGUCCUCGUACACGUCAACAUUCUUCAACCAAGCAACAUACACGAUAUACUGCAACAAGGACACACCCAACGCUCCGCUGCAGUCGCUAUUCGUUGCUAACCUGGACGACUGCAUGGACGCGUGUUCCUCAUACAGCUACUACAUCCCCACGGACUUCCCCAGCGCCAACGCGACGAAUCAAACCUGCUCUGCCGUCAGCUUCAUUCCCGCCUGGACAAACAAGACUUUCGCAACCGAGGGAACUGCGCCGGGCAACUGCUAUUUAAAAGGAGGUACACAAAACAAGACGGCUCUGUAUGCGCCAAACAACGGGCAAGAAACGCAUGCGGCUAUUGUCAAUGAAUCGUAA